AUGGAUUGCCUCAAGAACACUUUCAUCAAGGGCCAGCUUUUGGAUGGUCGAUUUCGCACGGUUGCCCCGUUGAACCAUGGAUCCUUUGGGAUGGUCUUCCUUGCGACCGAUAUCCAGACUGGUCAAGAUGUUGCCAUCAAAUGUAUGCUCAAGCCGUCGGGUGACGCCGUCAUCCAGCCUGCCUUCGACGCUCGUUUCGAGGAGCUCAACAGUCACCGCCGCCUUGGGUAUCACCCCAACAUCGUCAACCUUGUCCACUAUUUCGAAACCGAUGCACACAUGUAUCUUGUUCUGGAAUAUUGCGCCAACGGGGACCUGUACGAGGCUAUCAGACUCAACCGCGGACCCCUCGAGACCGAGCACGUGCGUGAUUUCAUGCUGCAGCUCGUCAGUGCCGUCGAAUACAUGCACGCGAAUGGCUUGUACCAUCGCGAUAUCAAGCCCGAGAACAUCUUCUUGGCCCAGGAUGGGUCCAUGAAACUCGGUGACUUGGGCCUGGUUACUCGUGAUGCCUGGAGCUACGAGGCCUGCGUUGGGAGUGAUCGCUACAUGGCUCCGGAGCAGUAUGAUCCUGCCUCCAACGGCUACUCUCCCGCCAAGGCCGACAUUUGGGCGAUCGGCAUCUGCCUGCUCAAUGUUCUCUUCGCACGCAACCCGUUCGCCACGCCGACUGAAUCCGACGUGCUAUUUGCGGACUACGUUCGGGACCGACAGUCUCUCUUCGAUAUCUUCACCAACAUGUCCCAGGACACCUUCGAGAUAUUGAGAUAUGCCUUGGCUAUUGAUCCCGAGAAGCGCUCGCUUGCUGGCGUUCGCGACGCCAUCCGACGCACCGUCUCUUUCACCACUGAUGACGAUGAACUGGAUGAAUUCUGCGUCGACGACCGCGAAGUGGUACCCGCAAGCGCCAACCGCGAGCCCCUCCGCACGCCCUCCAUCUCGAGCCCCCAUAUCAACCAAGGCGACUCGUUCCCGUGGGCCAAGGCCCUUCAAUCCAGCCCUCCCCAGGCUAUCCGUCAACUCUCCGCCAUCCCAGACAACGAAAGCUAUUCGGAAGAUCUCUUCCCCCCAUCCGAGACUGCCGGCACCUCUUGGUUCUCCGUCCAGCAAGGUACCCCCUCGAUGGCGUCUCUUCUCGAAUCUGCUCUUGGCGACUCAUUCCGUUCCACCGCUAUUCACAAGCCUGAGCCUCGGUUCCCCCCGCCAUCCGAUCCUGUCCCGAUUACUGGAUCUCUGCCAAGUCAUGCGACCAAACCUCUGCCGUCCUUGUCCAUGGUGUUUGGCCGGAACAAGCAAGACCAGAUUUCGAAGAGUUGGAGCGAUCUGUGGGAUGAGGAGGAGGAAUCCGAGGGCGAAGACGUUGCGUUGCAGGCACGACGCGAACAAAACUCUCGGAGCUGGAGUCACGAAAGCAACACUCCCGAGCUGUCGGGGCCUCUGCAUAGCCUCGGAGAUGCUCGCACCUCCUCUAUCCUGAAUGUUCGCGCUCAACACCUCGGAGAGCCAAUUCACGACUCGGACGAAUUCGACGAGAAGCCGAUGCUCGGUAAGCCUGGGGUCACCCCUCUCGCGACGCCGCCUCAAUCACCGGACAGCUCCCCCAAGAAGGGCAGUCUCGACAAAUGGGCAGCACUGGGCGAUAAGCGAAGGAACUACAAAUCGCCCAGCGUUCCAUUUGGGCAGAAGUCGUUCCAAACCAACAUGGCCCGCCGCAAGGAUUGGGGUCUCGGUUCUUCGGGCUUUGACUACGGCUCUUGGGCCAAGAAGGAUGCUCAACCUAUUCAGGGCCGCCGCCGCCGCCCAUUCCUGGAGAAGGGCUGGCGGCGUGAUGCCAUGGAGUCCCCCAAGUCUAAUGUGAAGUCCUUUAAUAGCUACGAUGGUAGCGUCGACGAAGAUCUUGAUCUCGUUGGUGGCUGGCACGACCUGCAUCUCUAA